AGGCGGCCAAGUGCCCCCAGGAACAUUCAGUCAAGCCGCGAUCGCCGAACUGAACGGACGUCUAUCUUUAUCUCAGCCUCCAAGUUAACCGGAGUGAAUUCAAGUGCUGACCGGAAAAUUCUUUCGGCCAAGAAAGGUCUCCGAAAAAGAUCUCAAGCGAUUGUGUUUUGUGUGUAACUCCCAUUGGAUGUCUCUGAACGCCGAUCGUUCGUACAAAAUGAAGCUGCGCGAUGUGGAAAAUGCCUUCAAAUACCGGCGCAUACCGUAUCCCAAGCGUUCCGUGGAGCUGAUAGCCCUGCUGGCUAUUUCGUGCACCUUCUUCCUGUUCAUGCACACAAACAAAUUGAACAGUCGCCUCAAGGAAAUGGAGGUGAAGCUGCAGCCGUCGGAGUUUUCGGCCCUGGGUCUAACGGGCAAUCACAUCAGCGGACACGAUGCGGGCAAGCACGACGAUAUCAACACUCUGCAUGGCACCUACCAAUAUCUUAAGAGCACUGGCCAGAUGUCCUCCCUUAACGUGCGGGAUCUGAAUAACACCCGAAAGGCACAAAUGGAACUAGUUUUUUUCAACAGAGUUCCCAAAGUGGGAAGUCAGACGUUCAUGGAGCUUCUCCGUCGACUUUCCGAGCGCAAUAACUUUCAGUUCCAUCGCGAUGCUGUGCAAAAAGUGGAGACCAUCCGCCUGGCGGAGGAUCAGCAGCAGGAAAUGGCCGAGGUGAUCAGUGAGCUGCCGGAACCCUCGGUCUUCAUCAAGCACGUGUGCUUCACCAACUUCACCAAGUUCAACCUGCCCAAGCCCAUUUACCUGAAUGUGGUUCGUGAUCCCGUGGAGCGAGUGAUCAGCUGGUUCUACUACGUGAGGGCUCCUUGGUACUUUGUGGAGCGCAAAGCGGCUUUUCCUGACCUCCCACUGCCCCAUCCCGCUUGGCUAAAGAAGGAUUUUGAAACGUGUGUGCUCAAUGGUGAUCAGGAGUGCACCUACACUCAAGGAGUUACGGUGGAGGGAAUCGGAGAUCAUCGCAGACAGAGUUUGUUCUUCUGCGGUCACGACUACGAGUGCACUCCCUUCAAUACUGUGGGUGCCUUGGAGCGAGCUAAAUUCGCUGUGGAACAGCAAUAUGCGGUAGUCGGCGUGCUGGAGGAUCUGAACACAACACUCUCUGUCCUGGAAAAAUACGUACCACGAUUCUUUGAGGGCGUUCGAGAUAUUUAUGCAACCAGCGCCGAAUAUUUGACCAAGAUCAACAAGAACAACUUCAAGCCGCCCGUCAGCGAACAUGUAAAGGACAUAGUGCGCCGGAACUUUACAAACGAGAUCGAGUUCUAUCAGUUUUGCCGACAGAGACUUCACAAGCAAUAUCUAGCUGCUCACUUGCCCCAGCGAAUAAUCACAGACUCAGCACAUCUGCCAGGCCCCAAUGGCAAUUAAAUUGUGUACAUUGUAGCUCACGAACAAAUGUAGAAACAAAUAUGACAAACAAAAUCGUACUCGAACAUGUAGUCAGCUAAGUUCCCCUUUAUGUUGUAGCAAAAUGAUUGUUUUCUCUUGUGUAUAUUUCGGGGUUAUCAAAAAUAUGACAAAUCCAUCUUAUAUUUAUAUUGAUUAGUAAGUACUUAAUGUUAGAAAGACCUGAAUUUGAAUUGUGAUGUCUUCAAGUGAACUGUUGAAAUUUUUGUUUUAGUAUUUUAGUUCUAAGACGAUUAUGAUAAUACAAUGUAUAAACUAAUAAAUGAAUAUUUUAAGAACA